AUGGAUAUGAUCGAUCAGAUUGUGUUUGACUGCGUGUAAAUGGCAAUGGAUCAAGCAUUCACUCCUUUUCUCUUUUUCAUCCACAUCCUUCUUCGGCCCGCUUUUUUUUUUUCCGUUGAAGUUUACAUUACCAAAUAAAACUUGUACCAGUGCAGAACUGCAGUUUCCGAAUCAAAAUAUAUUUCCCCGCUCUAUUUCUUCUCUAAUUGCUUUUCCCCUUAUGUCUUCUCUUCGCGCCCUGGCUGCUGUCUCCAGACCCUUUCUUCUCAACUCGUUCAAGACUACACUAAAGUCUACCCAGCCAAAGAUUGUCUCAAACAUGCUCUAUAGGAAUUACACUAGCAGUGCUCCAACCUACCCUGGCUUGGGUCAGCCCGAUUUGACCAAGGGUCCUUUGUAUCGCUAUGACACUGCUCUGCCCAAACUCCCUGUCCCCACCUUGGAAGAAACUUGCGCCCGCUAUCUCAAGUCGGUUCGUCCUCUCCUGAACGACAAAGAGUUUGCAGAGACUUCUGCUGCCGUUGCUGAAUUUCAAAAACCCGGAGGUGUUGGCGAGGAGCUUCAGAAGCGUUUGCUCGCCAAAGCCACUGAUCCCAAGACAGUCAAUUGGCUGGAAGACUGGUGGAAUGACCUGGCUUACUUUGGCUAUCGUGAUCCUGUUGUGAUCUAUGUCUCAUAUUUUUAUGCUUACAAGGAUGAUCAUCUUCGCAAAAAGCCUACACAGCGUGCUGCAGCCAUCAUUCAGGCAGCCAUGGACUUCCGCAGACAGGUCGUAGAUGAGUCUUUGCCGCCCGAGAUGGCCAAGAAGAGCCCUUUGGACUCAUCCACCUACAAGUACAUGUUCAAUGCCUGCAGAUACCCUGCCAAGCCCAGUGACUUUGAGUUGGCAUUCGAUCCUUCCAAAAACAAUCAUGUCGCUGUUGUUCGUCAUAAUCAGUUCUUUGUUUUCGAUCUUAUCAAGGAUGGCAAGAUGUUGAGCACCGCAGAUAUUGAGGCUCAAUUGGAUGCCAUCGUCAAAAUGGCUGGAGACCGCAAGGAUCCUGCCAUUGGUGUCCUGACUUCGGACAACCGCGAUAUUUGGACCGAUGCUCGUAAGACCCUUAUUAAUGCUGGAUCCCAUAACGAGGAACUCCUUCGCAAGAUCGAGUCUUCUGUUUUCCUCGUUUGCUUGGAUGAUUCGAGUCCUGUUACCCGUGACGAAGUCUCGCGCGCCUGCUGGCACGGUGAUGGCCGUAACCGCUUUUUUGACAAGUCCCUUCAGUUUAUCGUUUUUGAGAACGGCAAGGCCGGAUUCAUGGGUGAGCACUCCACAAUGGAUGGCACCCCCACCUGCCGCUUGAAUGAUUAUGUCUGCACCUCCUUGGCCAAGAACAAGAUCGAUCAUGGCUCAACGACCGUCUCGUCCAACCUUGAGACUCCUCAGAAACUCAACUUUGCCUUUAACACCAGUGUUCACAAGGCCAUUGAGACUUCUGAAAAGAAUUUUGAACAGUUAAUUGGAAAGCAUUCACUUCAUGUUCAGAACUAUGAGGGAUAUGGCAAGGGCUUGAUCAAGAAAUUCAAGUGCUCGCCUGAUGCCUAUGUUCAGAUGAUUAUUCAGCUCGCAUAUUACAAGAUGCACGGUGUUUCACGCCCCACUUAUGAGUCCGCUCAGGUUCGUAAGUUCCAACACGGCCGUACUGAGACCUGCCGUACCGUCAGUACCGAGUCAGUUGCCUGGGUCAAAGCUAUGGAAGAUCACACCAUCUCUGCUACUGAAAAGACUGCUUUGUUCAAGAAAGCUCUUGAAUCACACGUCAGCUAUAUGGCCAGCGCUGUGGAAGGCAAGGGAUGCGACCGUCAUUUGUUAGGUCUCCGUCUAUCGCUCAAGUCUCACGAGCCCAAACCCGCCAUGUUCACUCAGGAAAUCUUUAGCCGCUCCAGCCACUGGAACCUCUCAACUUCUCAGUUGUCAUGUGAGUACUUUGAUGGCUACGGAUGGGGUGAGGUCGUUCCUGAUGGUUAUGGAGUUGCUUAUAUGAUUAACGAGAACAACUUGAGCUUCAAUGUUGCUUCGCUUAAUGAGAUGCGCCCUCACCAUUUGCACCAUUACUUGAAAGAGGCUGCGAGUGAGAUGAGACAGCUUUUUGAGCAGACCUUGCUCGAGGCCCCCAAGUCCAAAUUGUAAAAAAAAAUAUGCGCUUGCUUAGAUGUACUCAUAAUAAAUACAUAAAAGGAA